CCGCGGGCCAUGGUGUGAGAUCCUCUUGGAAGAAGUGUCAUGGCUGGAGACAGGAAAUGUGGGGAAAUGUUGCCUCGGUACGAGGUCUUGGGAAAAAAGCGGACAUCUCUUGAUGAGAUGACUGCGAAGUGGGAGGACUUCGAUGGAGAAAGUUACGAACCAUGGGAACGCAAGAAGCAGGACUCUUUCAGGAAACUCUUCACCAAGAUCUACGUCGUCAUCCUGUCAUGCAGCAUAGCUCUGUUCGGCUCUGCUCUGCUCCUCCUUCGGUCCCCAUCUCCAGAGAAUCAGCUGCCGAGUGCUUUCAUACCCAGAUCUGCCGAUCCUCAAGAUGCCAUGACGACCACCGCAUCCACAACUAUGACCUUCUCUACUACGACGACGAUCUCUUCCUUGACAGAUUCCUCCUCCGCGCCCUCAGCUUCUCCAGCCUCGACCAUUCCUGUUCAAGUUUUCCAGGUGUUUCCCCCGGUCCUCGGAUCGACUGGGUUGAUUGAAUCGAAUGGAACGGUUGCAAAUACGAACGUGACAGAUGCGAGUGGAAGUAGCUGCCAAGUUAAACUGAUGGAGCAUUCCUUUGCUACUUCCUUUGGGAAACCGUUUGUGGGAAAUUAUACCCCGCCGGCAUGUAUGGGAAAUGCGAAUACAGUGACGAUGAAUUUCUCUGUCGUUUCUCAAGGAGCUCAGUUUGAUAGACUUGCUUUAAUGUAUUUCGGAGAUACCGAAGUGUUUCGUACCUCGACUGCUGAGCCAAAGAAGAGUGGAAUCGUGUGGGAAUAUGUCAAAGAUAUGUCACAUCUCAUGUAUUUCUGGAAAUCUCCCCAAGUUUUGAUAUUUGACCUACCUAAUCAAGUCACCACAAAUUUGACAGGAUCUUACAACACAACUCUAACGGUAACAUUCCUCAAUGCCAAAGAAUCAGUGAAUGCCGCCGACAUGAUCCUACCGAUCUCUGCGCGACUGGGCUUGAAUGCCUCUAUGCCUAGUGUCUUCAGCGUGCCAGCAGCCAAUGCAACUAAUACUAUAUCCUUUCCACAGAAUGCGAAUCGUGCUGUAUUCUCCAUCUCUUCCUGCGGUCAAGGGGAUGAAGAAUUCUGGUGGAGCAAUGUCCUCCAAUCAGACAACGCAACAUUUACGGCAGAGGGCGGGACAACGUUCGGAUUCUCGCCUUUCAGAGAAGUUCAACUAUACAUCGAUGGGAUGCUGGCUGGUGUCCAAUGGCCGUACGCAAUCAUAUUCACAGGAGGCGUGGUGCCUGCAUUCUGGAGUCCGAUUGUCGGCAUCGAUGCCUUCGAUUUGAAAGAGUACGAAAUCGACAUAUCUCCAUGGCUUCCACUUCUUUGCGAUGGGAAGCAACAUACCUUCACCAUGAAAGUAGCCGGCUUGCAAGACAACGGCGGCAGCGCCGCAACGCUCUCUGAUUCCGUUGGAAACAGCUGGUCUCUCACCGGUAAAAUCUUUAUAUGGCUUGACGCGGAGGGCAGUAUAACCACCGGCACCCUUCCAUCAAUCACCGCUCCACAACCUCGAAUCCUCGUCUCUCAAUCCCUUUCCAAAAACUCUACCGGGUCCAACGAAACUCUCACAUACUCCACUUCGGUCCAACGCACGCUCACCAUAGUCUCGACUCUCAAAACCGCAAAUGGUACUUCAACCUGGCAAGCCCAAUGGUCACAAGCCCUCUCUCACACCGACAACGGCACCAUCGGCGUCUUCGGUAACACACAAUUAAACACCAUCGCCACAACCGGCAAAGACAAUUCCUUCGGCCUCCACCCUUACCAAAACACUUACUCCUACCCAUUCUUCGCAAACACUACCGCAACCCCUCUCAGCAAUGGCUCAACAAUUCUCUUGGCCUCCCUGAGCCGAAGCAAAAUCCAGUCCGUAUCAGGAUCAACAAUCUAUCCUAGCGGUCUUCAACCCUUCGCCGUGCUCCCAGAAUCCUCAAGCCUGGUCCUCACACUUGCCGGCACGUCUCUCACGAACACGCAAACCGGCAAUGCAACCUUACUGCUGACGCCCGGGGAUGUUAAUAAAUCGCUUAGUUUUGGGAGUACGCAGCAGGAAAUGAGGUUCGGUGGUGUGAGUGCACAAGGCGCACUGGGCAUGGAACCCGAUACAGAGCUAUUCUACAGGAAGGUGCAGGCGGUUAAUGGGAGCGUUAGGACGGAUGUGCAGAGAUUGGUUGGGAGAGGGGUUGUAGAUUUUAGUGUGGCUGAUGUGGAUGUGGAUGGAGAAGGAAGUGUGGGGAAUGUGGGGAUAGAGGUUGAGGUUAGAAGGGCGCCGAUGUGGAAUAUUGAGGGGAUGUGAGGUUGCUGCUGGUUUUGAGUCUUGUUGGGAGAGAUUUGGGUGGAUUGUAUUAGUAUACAUAGAGAUAUAUUGACGAUUAGAUUUCUUGAAACUAUAAAGGCAACGGGUUUUGCCUUCCACCGGGUUUGGAUUAAUAUGGCGUUAAUGGGACGUAGGAAGAGGAUAUUAAUAAGAACGAUGAUGCAGAG